UUGUACACACACACACUACACCGCAAGCAAGUAAACGUCAAAGAACUAAGAAGCGGCGGUAUUCACGUACGUCACUUGCGUUCAUUUUAAUGGCGGAAAGGCUGACUUUACUCUCCACCCUACGUGUUUGUCGUUAGAGAUUUACCUCUUGGGCAGCAGGUGAGGUCAAAUGCAGAGGGAAGGAGCGGAAAAGCUUUGCUGACAGGUGGAAAACAGGGAAGAAAAGGGGAAGAAAUGGACGAGCAUAAAGCGGCGCUGACCGAGAGCCUCAUAAUAUGGCUGCAGACCUUCAACACUUCUGCACCCUGCAGGACAGUGGGGGAGCUGACCACUGGAGCGGCAAUAUCACAAGCACUGCAUCAAAUAGACCCAGCCUGGUUCACCGAUGGAUGGCUCGGCCGUAUCAAAACAGAUGUUGAGGACAACUGGAGACUGAAGAUAAACAACCUGAAGAAGAUCCUUCAGAUGGUGGUUGAUUAUUAUAAUGAGGUCUUAGCUCAGGAAAUCUCAGACUUCCCCUUACCCGAUCUGGCCUUGGCGGCAGAGCAUUCAGACCCUGUGGAGCUUGGGAGGCUGCUACAACUUGUGUUAGGCUGUGCUGUCAGAUGUGAGCGUAAACAAGAAUACAUUCAGAUCAUCAUGACCUUGGAGGAGUCUGUGCAGCAUGUUGUCAUGACAGCCAUCCAGGAGCUCUUGAGUAAAGAGACCAUGGCCCCAUUUGGAGCAGAACUGUCAGGGGACUUGGAACAGCAGCUGAAAAAAGCCCUCGAGGACCUCGCUGAACUUCUAACAGAGAAGGAAGCGUUAGCCCAACGCUGUCAAGAGCUGGACAUACAGGUGGCUGGUCUACAAGAGGAACGGAACAGCUUAUUGGCUGAGAAUGACGUCCUGACAGACCGAGCCAAUCAACUGGACACAUUCGAUGAUCCAAGCACGCCCUCAGGGAGAAAACACAGCCAGUUGCAGCAGCAGUUCGAGACGCUGCAGGAGGAGAAUUUCAGGCUGGAGGCCGCUAAGGAUGAUUACCGGAUCCACUGUGAAGAGUUAGAGAAGCAGCUGAUUGAGGUUCAGCACCGUAAUGACGAGCUCACCAGCCUCGCAGAAGAAUCUCGAGCUCUCAAAGAUGAACUAGACGUUUUGAGGAACUGCUCAGACCGAGUGGUGAUGCUGGAGGCCUCAGUGGAAACAUACAAGCGUAAACUGGAGAACCUGGGUGAUCUGAAGAGGCAGAUGAAGCUGCUGGAGGAGAAUAACAUGACUUACAUGCAGAACACUGUAAGCUUGGAGGAGGAGCUGCGCAAGGCCAACGCUGCCCGCGCACAGCUUGAGACGUACAAGAGACAGGUCCAGGAGCUACACAGGAAGUUGUCUGAGGAAACGAGGCGAGCGGACAACCUAGCCUUUGAGAUGAAGAAGUUAGAGGAAAAGCACGAGACUGUGAUGAAGGAGAAAGAGAGGAUCAUUAUCGAGAAAGAGUCUCUGAAGGAGAUCAACGAGGAGCUGCGAUGCACUCAGGCUCAACAGCACCAGCUCUUCCAAGCAGGGAUGCUUCCUUCUGGCAGCCCCAGUCAUGAUAACCUGGCAGCUGAAUUAAUUCCCAUUGAGUACAGAGAAAAGUUCAUCAGGCUGCAGCAUGAGAACAAGAUGCUGAGAGUGCAGCAGGAAGAGUGUGAGAGGGAGAAGAUCGCUGCACUGCAGGCUCAGCUGGAGGAGGCACAUAAGACACGCAGCGAACUGGACACCGAGAACAGACUGAGUCGAGAGCGGGUCACCGAGCUGCAACAGCAGGUCGAGGACCUCCAGAAGGCUCUGCAGAGUCAGGCGGACAAACCUGACGAUUCGAACCUGAAGCGGAAACUCGAUGCACACAUGGUCCAGCUCAACGAAGCUCAGGACGAAAUCAUGAAGAAGAAAGAGCUGCUGGAGGACCUUCAGCCUGACAACACUCAGAAUUCCUUGAAACUGGAUGAGCUGAUGGCCGCUCUGAAGAAGAAGGAUGAUGACAUGAGGGCCAUGGAAGAGAGGUACAAAAUGUACCUGGAGAAGGCUCGCAAUGUGAUCCGUGCGCUGGAUCCAAAGCUAAAUCCAGCCACCGCUGAGAUCCAAGCUCUGAGGAACCAGUUAGCAGAUCGGGACAAGCAGAUUCUCAACCUGGAGCGUCAAUGUGAGCAAGCCAGACUGAGAGAGUAUGAGGAGAAACUAAUCGUCACAGCAUGGUACAACAAGAGUCUGAACUUUCAGAAGCUGGCGAUUGAAUCACGUCUCGGUGGCUGCACCUCGUCCAUGGUGUCACCCGCUCAGUCUUUCUUGUCCCAGCAGCGGCAAGUCUCAAAUGCCCCACGGCGGGCACUUUCCAUCAGCGUGCCUGCCACUACCUCCAAGUAGACCUUGUCGUAGAGCCAAAUGUCUCACUUUUAUUCAGUUAAGGGGAAAAAGAAUCACUCCCUCCCACCUGUGAGCACUCAAGUGACCUUAAACACAUCUGCUCUCAGCGCUUGGGGCGAGGGGGGUUCACAGAUGAGCUGAUUGGGAUCAAAGCACUUAUCAAUCACAACCCACCUGAGGUUAUAACCUACUGUCCCACAGGCUGACUUCUGCAUAGAACAUGAACCCACAACCUGUGUCAACCUCACUAGUUCGAGUAGCGCGCACUAUCCCAAGCAUAGAUUAAGAGAAUGUCCCCAAUCUGCCCUGUUUGCUUUACCAACUGCAGAAUCAGCUGAAUACUUCACUCUUUUAUAUCCUGUCAUGUUGUGCACCUGAUCAGGAAUGAGACAAGUUAAAUGAAUGCUUAAUUAUUCUAUUCAAAAUCGUAGCCCAUAAUAUAUGAAUGAACAUAUAAUAUAUAUAUACACGAAUGUGAUUUUUAAAAAAGGGUUAACUGAAUGCUAAAGCCAGCUAAAUGUAAUUUCAGAUGAUUGUUGGUGUGUGGGGAAAUCUGUACCAUCAUACUAUGCAGGUAAGGGUAAGGAAAUAAAGUUAUCAGGAGGCAGACUGAUGAAAAAAACAAACUGAGAAAAUGAUUGCUAUAUUUGGUGCUGGCCACCAACUGCUUUUGAGCGUCAAACAUCAGUCACUUAAUAACAACAAGCCCAUCACAAAGCUGUGAAAAUAAAUCAUAUUAAGUAAAAUCAACCUCUGAGGUGCUGCAACAACAAAUCCUACUCAAGAUAUCCAGGACUAGUGUAUUUAUCGUGUAUUUUCUAUACUCCUAAAGUGUGAUUUGACUUCCUUACUGGCAGCAUGCUCUAAAACGGACAGGCCUUUCUAUUCACUGAAUCUCGAAGCUAAUUUAGUAGUGAGUAAUCAAGUCUAUUAUCUAUGAAGUUGUACAACUGUAAUGUAAACAUGAUUUGAACACCAGCUUCUGAUUCAAAUGUCAGAACCAGGUUAAGCUUUCUUCAAGUAUCUGCAAAUUGUAACUGGAGAAUUUUAAGUACUGUAGUCGAUAUUGUAUUUAAUCACGGACAUGUUUUUCAGGCUGUUUUAGUGUCGGUGGAGGUUCAGAGUGAAGAGCGCUGUAAAGAGGUGUUUUCUUUGAUAUGGUGUGUUCUUGGCUGUCCGGCCGUAUGGAGUCUUAAGUUAAGCUGCACUAGUUUCACAACAUGAAAUGGCUGUUUAUUGCCUUGUCCCUCUGUACGUUUGCAAUAACACUAAAGAGCUAUUUUGUCAUUUUGUUUUGCCAUUCGUGAUCAAUAGAUGUAUGUCACAGCGCUUUUACUUUCCUUUGCAGUGGAUGAUUCUUGUAGAUUGCUGAUUUAAAAGCUGUGUCAUUUAUAUGAGAAUAAGAAGUACGAUCAAACGUAGCACAGCACAGAAACUACAUGUGUAGUGUUAUAUGUUUGUCUGUAAACGAAGGAAAAAAGUGAGGAAGGCAUUAUGAAUUUUCAGGAAUUUAAGGAGUUAAACAUUUUAAAUCCUUUGGUCUUCUUGUGAAUGAAUAAAUUCUUUUUCUAAAAA